AUGAUAGCCGAAACAGAACCCCCCUUGCACUACCAGCCAAACGUGGCAAGAUUGGAACGCGCAGGCAAGUUGCCGUUAUUGGACUUUGAUGAUACAUCUUCUCAAGCGAAAGCUGACCGAGAGCAGAACGAGCGUAUUUUGGAAAUCCUCUAUGAACCUGAAGUCCCAUGGUUCAAGGUUCUGACACCUACUCAAUGGAAAGCUGAAGUUACCGACGUGAUUGAAGGUUAUUUGUCGAAACUCGUAGCCGAAUACCGCGUCGCCGACGGCGCCUCGGGUGACCCUGCCAGCGGGCUCCUAGUUGACAUCGUACCUCCUUCAGAAAUCACUACUUGGGCGGCAAUUUCAGCAUCGAAAGAAGGCUAUGAGAAAGAUUUUGAUAAUUACAGAUACCCAUUCGAGAUGCAAUCAUUAUUGUACAAGCGGACAUGGACUGGGUUGGUGAAGGAGAAGGCGUAUACGAUUAACACAUUCUUUAAAUUCCACGAUGGAUGGCGUCAGUUGGGCUUUCCUGACUCCUUGGAAAGUCUUGAGCAGCUGCUUGGCUGCUAUAUAUCUCACAACGCAGGAGGGACGAUGCUUUACAUCGGCACAAGCACAGGUGAACAUGCUAUCACGAAUGCAGUCAACAUUCUGAACAAUCUCUUGGAGUGCGCAACAGCAAUAUCCGGCCACCUACAUCAUCUUAUCCACAACGAGAGGGAAGGCAAAGCAAAGUUUGUCUACAGGUGUCUGUCUCAUGUCGGUCUUCUGCCAACCACAUACGCCUCCGGCCAGGACAUUCAAAUUGAACGCCGUUUGCUAAAAUCGGCUGUGACUAUUAGGAUUGCUGAAAAAAAUAAAAAUGCCUGGGUAGCAGAUCGGACAACUUAUUCCUACAAGCAAGGCAUUCGUCUAAAUGCUACCAAGCCGUUUAGCGCAUUCACUGGCUAUAGGUACAAAUGCAAAGAAGCUAGCGCCAUCUCAAAUCUCUUCAGAGAAGCAGAAAGGCUCAUCCUUAAACAUGAACAAACAGAACAGCUUGGCCCAGGUUCCGAUCCUUCUACAGCAUGUGAAGGCGAUUCUGCGUCUUUAUGCAUGGGCACACAACCUACAGAAGAAGCUUCAUCUUAUGAGUCGCUUCUAGACACCAAUGUAGCUAAUCGUCCUUCGCCUCGAUUAUCCUCCCAGGGUAUCUCUAAUGAUUUUUCAAGGUCAGAGGACCUCAUUUGCUUUGACGAGGCUGUUAGCUGCCCCCAAGGAAACUCGCCCAGCAUAAACCAGCCAAGCCUCUUGGAUGACUGCCAGCCCUCCGAACUCAUGAAACUGCCACCAAUGUCUUUUGUGAGCAUGGCACCAUCAUCACAGACUUUGCCAAGGUCUCGGACUCAUUGUGCUGUUCCACCUAGAGGAUAUGGCAUUGCGAAGAACAUGAGCACAAGCAGCCGUCCACCUGUGGAAGGAGAAGCAGCAAGACUUUUGGAAGAGCGCAUCAAAUCCUUGGCAUCCAUGAUGCAGUUUGCCCCUGGCCGUGGCACAAUUCGCCUCAAGUUUGGUCGAUUUUAUGGAGUAAAUUUUGGCCCAGCUAAAAUUUGGGUUGAAAGCGGUCCAUGCUGGAAAACGGAACAGUGUCUUGAUGAUUUAGAGCAGGCGACGCCAUCUGGCAACCUGCGAUUUUCGCCAGUGCUAUCUACAAUUGGACCGGAUGCUGACGCAAUAGUCGGAACAUCAACACCAAUACCGAUGUGGACAGACCCAAUUAUUCAGGUCAUGUUUCAGAUUACGUGCACCUUCCAAGGGGAUACGUUCUUUGUAGAAAUCAACGCGGAUACAUUCCAUUAUACGUGUCGAGGACCAACCGUUGAGCUAGAUUAUGUCCUGGUCCACUGCCCUCAACAUCCAUGGGAUAUGAAGGUGUGUGGAGAUAGUUCCAAGAACUUGGAUUCGUCAGAAAUCCAUCAAGUUUUUGGCCAGAUCAUUGUGAACUCUCUUCGAUGUCUGUAG